CAAGUGGUCCAAUCCCCACUUCAUACGAGGUCAUCCUGUUUUCGUACACCACAUAUCCACUGUCCUCCUGCAAACAGUAACACUAUUGGCAUCCAGUCCAUUUCAAGCCAUGCAGAAACAAGCAGCUAUUCACCAUCAUGCUCGUACUCUGGUACUUCUGUGGAAGCUCUGGUUGUGGAGGUCAACACUGUCCCUCCACCUCCACCAGUAGCUGCUCCUGGACCCCUCAGGGUGGAGCUUAGACUGGCAAAUGGUCAAUGUGUCACCAAAGGCUGUGCAGAAGGGGACGAGGCGUACACGUCUUACUACAGUGAAUCUGAUUAUCCAGUCACGAAAGUUCUGCGGGAGCCUGUGUAUGUUGAAGUGCACAUUUUAGAGAGGACUGACCCCAACAUUGUCCUGAUGCUGGGACGUUGCUGGGCGACAUCAACCCCCAGUCCACUCAGUCUACCCCAGUGGGACCUUCUGGUUGAUGGGUGCCCUUACCAGGAUGACCGUUACCUGACCACAUUGAUUCCAGUGGCUGGAUCAUCUGGUCUUCAGUUCCCAAACCACUACAAGCGCUUUGUUGUGAAGAUGUUUACGUUUGUGGAUCCGACAUCACUGGCUCCUCUGCAGGAAACCAUCUUCAUCCACUGUAGUACAGCAGUGUGCCAUCCCUCUUCUGGCUCCUGUGAGCACAGCUGCACUAGGAAAAGAAGAGACACUCCCGUCAAGACCAUCUCUAGUGGGCAAACUGUGGUUUCUAGUGGAGAAGUUAACCUGGUUGAGUCAAUGUAGUGGUUUUAAUAAAUUUCAUGAAACCCAAUAUUGGUGUCUAUGGUACUGAUUUCUGAAUGGAGUAGGAUCUUUCAUAACAGAGUUUUGGUUCCAUGCGGCUGUGCAUUAUAAACUAACAAAACAAUCCAAGCUUCUGCCCAAGCAAUUUAAUUCAACUUCCAAACUCAAGUUGUUAACCUGACCCCCAUUCUUCAUUUCAGAUGGUAUCAACUUUAAGCAAAUCUGUAAUUAGUAUCAACCUGCAUUAAUUAUCCUUUUGUCCCAAUAUUUGGAUCUGCAACAAUGACUAAACCUUGUAUGGCAGGUCAGUAGUUGGUGACUUCAGAUCUGUGUUUUGUUUACAUGGAGAUAACUAACGUUUUCAAAAAUUUGCACUUUGAAACCCAUUUUCAGGCCUCAAAUGAUGCUGUCAUGUAAAUGAAUGGCCAAAACGCAUACGUUUUCCGUUGUUAGUUGAAAAGGUGUCGUGUAAAUGGCCCCUAAAAUGUUUUGAGCUUGUCCACUUUCAACCACUUCCAGAAGUAGUCAAACUCGUUGAAACGCUCUUGUCAUGUGUUUGAACAGCCACAGAAGACCGCCUACUGACCAAGUGCGUAAACAUGACAAGAGCACUAGCCAGAUAGGAUUUCAAAUUUGAGGUAUAUUAUCACAUCAAUUGCAGGGCUAGCCUGCACCCUGCUGCAUAAAAUAUUGAGCUAUACUUAAGGAUUUUGAUUUUGCAGAGUGUGUGCUGGAUUUAGGAAAAGCCUUUAUUGUAUAAAUUACUGUAUUUUAUAAUGCAUAAUUUAAUAAUAGAGCAGCUAUGGCGGAGACAGGCUUACAAUAUCAUUGUAUCAUUAUCCCAUUUGUAAAACUUUUGAAUCAGUCUGAAUUUACAGGCCCAUUGCCAUGAGAUCUCCAAGAUGUGUUUCAAAGAAAAAAACUCCAGAAUUGCUAACACAACUAUUAUAUUCAGUUAAUGAAGGAUAAAGGCUGAAAAAAUAAUAGUAUAUUAUUCUGAAAUCAGCCCAAUAUGUGCUUUUAUGUAUGUUCAAUAAGGGUGGAAA